AUGGCCGACGUGGAUGCGCGGAUCGAGCUUGAGGCGCGGAUCCGCGAUGGGGCGCGCAGCAUGCUCCAUCAGCUGGACGUGGAAGGUACAGGCAGCGAGAUGCUCAAAAGCCAAAUUCUGCACGAGCUGCAGGUCGCAGAAAAGCAGCUCAUCACGCUGCAAGCACGCAAAGAUGCGCUGCAGCAAGACCUCGCGGAGCUAAAAGCAAGCGGCUAUUUUCGCCCGCGCGCCGUGCGCGCAAUUCGCGGGCUAGAAGAUCUGAACCGCGCCGAGUCGCCGUUUUCUCUGCCGUAUGUCGGCUCCGACGGCGAAACGUACGGGCGGGUAGUGCGCAUGUCCAAGGUGCUUGUGCGCAUCCUGUCUAUACUUGGCGGGCAGCGGUCGAUGCGUCAGGCAGAGAAUGCGCCGCCAGUGCCGCCGCCGCGCGGCGCAGCCCAAUCGCAGGCGCGGAUCAUGGCGUUUAUGGUGCGUAUGCUCCAGACCUACCCCAGACUGCGGCACGAGAUAUCCAACGACUCGUGCAUUGUGCCCAUCCUGACGGAAGCUGUUGCGCGCGGGAGCAACGACCAUGUGCGUGGAUACGCAUGGCUCUUGCUGCGGUAUAUCUUGUGUGCCUCGGUGCUGGCCGAACCGCACGUGAAUGUGCUGUCCCUGUUUCUGGGAUGCGCGUUGCUGCGCGAAGACAAGCGCGGGUUCGAGCGCGAGCAAGCGCUCAAAUUUGUGCGCACGCUGCUAAGCCUCUUGCCCGAGGCGCAUGCGUUGGUCACACCUGGAAUCGUGCGCAUCCUCGUCGCGAUUGCAGAGGCACCUGCAGACCCAUUGCGACUGGCCGCGGUUGAGACGCUGGCCGAGCUGGCGCUCCUCGACACGCCGCUCGCAGCGUCCACGUCUGCCCUGCGCCCGAUAUGGCAGGCGAUUUGUGUGGGGCCGCCGGCACGGUCCUGCGCGCUCGUGCAGUGCCUGCUUGGCCUGCUGGACAGGCCAGCGACGCGGCAGUAUAUCUGCCCUGGUAUGGACCUUGAGGCUGCAUUGGCCAGCUAUGCGAGUAACAAGUCCGAGCACGACGUGUCCCAGUGCGUCGCACUGCAGCUCAUUUUGUCGUGGCAAGGUUUUUCGUACCUGUGCAUGAACGGCGGUGCUGCACUGCGCACGCUGCUCGAUGCUCUUCGUCUUGGAAAUGAGUCUGUGCGCGCCAGCAUCCUCGAGCUGCUCCUUUCUCUCUUUCAGCCCGCUGUGCUCUCGGCGCGAGACGACCGCCCAAAGCGUACGCGGCCGCCGCCGAUCCCAUUGCUGCGCGUGCAGGACCAGUACCUUGGUCUUGUUUUGCAGAUCAUGCUGGACCAUGGGCUGAUGCCUGCACUUGUAGCGACAGUGCAGCAUACGACAUCUUUGCGCGAUACCGCGGCCUACACGCUCGUACUGGUGCUUCGAUUUGCGCGGCGGAUCCUGCCCCGGGAGAGUGUUGCGCUCUUGGCAUUCCCAUCGCUGGUCCAUGCGGCAUGUCACGGCACCGACGACCAGCUCUCUGCCAAGAUGGCGCUCCUGUCCAUUGAUGCCAUGGACGCACGGCUGCCAAAAGAAGCGACAGACGGUGCACCGCCCGAUCCUUGUUUCGACGUUGGGCUAGACGAUCUGCAAUUCCGCGCAAUGAUCCGCGACUCGAGCGUGACGCGCGAGUACACUACAUGGAACUUGGAGGUGAUGUGUGAGCUCCUGGGCGGCCCGCUGCAAAGCGCGAAGCGGUUCGAGGAGGCGGCACAAUCCACCAAGUUUAUCCGCCGCCUCUUGUCUUUCUUUCGCCCGUCCCACCAGCAGUACGUAUCGCUGCGUAACUCGGAAGCGAAUAAGAAAUGGACGGCGCUUGGCAUUCAACUUUUCCGCGUCUUGCUGAUGCAUGCAGAAGGGAGAAGCAUGCUGAUGGAAGACGCGUUCCUGGUCGAGCUGCGCGACGCAUUCGAUCAGCUCGUGCUCAACACGCCCGACGCCCUGUUCAACGAGCGCACAAUGCACUCUACCAUGAUCGGCGGCUACUUUGACUUUCUCCAAAUCAUGUCGAGCACCGUGCAAGGCUUGGAAUUGAUGCAUACCUCGCGCUUGUUUUCUCCCAUGCUCCAACUCUGCAGCAUGGCGGAUCAUGCCUGGGUAGUCGAGGCGCUUAUCCUCGCGCUGGAGUACACCCACGACUCGCUCGCGCGUGUGGUUUUGGAGCGGGCGAUGAUUGCAGGGGCUGUACAUGUGCGUUUGUCUGCCGGCGUGCGUCUGCGCGAAUCGCUCUGGCUCGACGGGGCACCGCAGAAAUGGGCGGUGAAGAUGCUGCUGGCGCAACUGCACGACGUGGAACCGCAAGUGCGAUUGCAUGCGGCACAAAUCGUGCUGCAGGCCUGUGUACACCCCACGAUGCUCGCCUGCGUGCUUGCGCAGCAGCCGUUGUUGGACUUGCUGAGUGCCGAAGAAGAUACCUUGUUCUUGCGCGCGCUUUCGCACCCCGCCAGCUUUGCACGGCUGUACCGCUCAGGGUACGUACAGCGGCAAACCCACGCUUGGUUUGCGCGGUACAACGCCGAGUAUGUGGAACAGGCACAGGAAGCGCUGCGCGCUACUUUUUCCGGCGACCCUGUGCCGCUCCCGCCGCACCUGUACGGCGAGCUGACGGCGACAGAAGAAGGGUGCGCCUACCUGCGCCAAAUAGGCCAUAUCGAGUUGAUGGUGCGACAGCUACAGGGAGAGGAUGCCGACUUGGAAAAAGAGCAUGCGCUCAAGAGUUGUAUUUGGGUUUUGGGCCACGCAGGGAGCAACGAUGACGGACUUGAGCUUUUAUUGGAGUACGAUGCAGUUCAGCUUCUUGCGGCGCGCGCGAAAACAGCGACAACAGUGAGUCUCAAAGCAACGUGUUUUUACGCCAUGGGACUCCUCGCGAAAUCCAGCCAAAGCGCGCCGAUUCUUGCACGGUACGACUGGACGGUCGUCCAAGGCCGCGAUUCGGCAACUGCGCUUCCGUGCGAUGCUGCGCAGUUUGUAGCACUUCCUGCCAGUGCCGAACCCUCCAGCGAGCGUGCAGAAUACCUCGCAGCCUCGACAGAUUCCGACGAGGCGCGGAUCGUGGCACUGCUCUCCAGUCUCGGGAAUUCGAUUGUCGCGCAGAAUACAUGGCAUGCGCUCACGAAACUGCGCGCAAAAUACCCCGCCCAAUUCCAGCGACCCGCAUUGCUGUGCCGUGCACUGUCCUUGAUGGACAGCUUCCCUAUGCAGCUCGGCGUGCGACGCCAGAUUUGGAGUUUGUUUGACCAGAUGGAGAUCGCGCCUACGCUCGCAAAAGAACUGGCCAAACUUCGCGCCGAUCUCCUCGUCUCGCGCCACGAACAGGACGCGGAGCCGCAAAGGAGACACCAAGGGCAGCCAGCGUGCAAGCAGCCAACCUACAUGUACGUCCAUCCUGUAUGGCCGCUGCACCGCAAAUCAAUCUCGCCUGAGCCAGCGCAGGAGGCAGAGGCGGAUGCGUGGACGCAGCACAUUACUACGUUUGCACAGCACUGUACAUAA